CUACUCAUACGCAUGGCAUAUCGUAUGUGUACAUAUGCAUAUUGUAAAUUAUGCUGCCCGUAUGUAAUCUGUAUGCUACAUAUGUUGGACUCCAGAAGGGCCGAGAUUUCAAAUAUGGCGCGCACCACUCACACACUCAAGAAUCGCACACCAAUGCGCUCUACAAGUCCGAGCACAGAAACAGCAUCAGCCUUUAUGUAAUGGGCAUUGGAAUUCUCUGGAUGUUGACAUGCAGCAGGUCAUGUCAGUGCGCCAUGAGUGUUUUUCAAGAGGUAGAGGCCAAAGUUUGCCUCUACACUGGCUAGGAUUGACCAUGCAAGAGCCAAGCUCAUGAAGAAGUCCCUUGUGGGAAAGUGUCUACUGCUAGCCUGUUCACAAUGACAGCUGGGAACAGCAUCGUGCGUUCCUCUUCCUUCCUCUCCUC